UCCGUGACGGGUUAUCGUUAUGCACGGGCGGCGUUGGGAGUUUAUUUUUUCCAUAUUCGUUUCCUAACAAUUAUUGUUAUUAUCGCCUUCGCUCAUCCGUUGCCGUUAUCGAAAUAUGAACCGGAAUCAAUGCUGUCGGGUAAAAAUAGUCUGGUUCGAAAAAACGGCCGUUCUCGUCAUCGGUUAAUCCAGCGGGAAAUGUCUCGAUAUUAUCCCGUCGAACGUCAUCGUUAUCAUCUCGGCAAUCGUCGUAUUCAUCGCAUCGCCGAUCGUUUGAUCUGCGGCCGUUUAGCAUUGCCGCCGACCGCCGCUAAAUAUUAUAUUACCGCGCGCCGACGACGUCCGUUACCACCACCACCGACGCCACCGCCGACACCAUCGUCGUCGUCGCCACUGACGCGGCCGUAGACCGUAGUCACUGCUCACUAGUCGUAGACCGUGUCGCGACGUCGGUGCAGAGCUGUCCGUUCGCUCACCCGCAGUAGUGUGUUCCGUUGCGUGGCGGGAGAAGGGCUUGUGGGUACGUGCACAUCGCGCGACAUCAGGGCCGGUUGACGACAAGACGUGCUGAAAAAUAAAUUAACCGACUCGCCGCGCACAGAUCAUCACCAUCGUCGCCGUGUCCAAUAUCACCAUGACCACCACCACUAGUUUUCGGACGGUCCUAGAUCAAUAAUACUUCUAAUAUAAAUUCCUGAAGACUAUUGAAGAAUUAAAACUGAGUGAUAACAGUCAACAGUUUGAAGAAAUGCCAUGAUAGGACGAUUGUAUUCUUUAAUUUUAUCGCUUGGCAGCCUUACAUUAAUCACAUUUUGUUUGUGGUCAGUAUGGAGCAAGAUAGCCAAUGUCGACGAGUCACAUGUAGGCCAUGUCGAAUAUCGUAUACUUACAAUAGAAAAUGUUACUUCAAAACCAUUCGAGUUACAUUCUUUGGCCGAAACAGAUCUUCACUCUUUGAUCGAUUUGCCAUCUUUCAAUUUCAAUAUAAACCAAAAGGUAUGCAACAACAGCACUAAAUUGAUAAUGGCUUUAGUUCAUACUGCGCCUGGACAUUAUGCCAAACGUCAGGCUAUAAGAGACACAUGGGCAAAGAUGAUACCAACAUUAUUUUUUAUGGGUCUCCCAGAUUCAAACAUAACUCAAAACAAUGUUGUCUUAGAAAAUCAAUUGUACAGUGAUAUUGUCCAAGGCGACUUUAUAGAUUGUUACCGUAAUUUAACUUAUAAACAUGUGAUGGUACUGAAAUGGACUUUGUACUAUUGUCCUUGUGCCAGGUAUUUGCUCAAAACUGAUGAUGAUACUUUAGUUAAUGCACCAUAUUUAUUGGAAAUACUCAAUCAUAGAUUAUCACCUUUAGGAGCUCGAAACUUGCUUAUGUGCCAACUUAUGUGGUCAAGUAUGGUGAAACGUUCUUAUCGAUCUAAAUGGAGAGUUUCAUAUUCAGAAUAUCCAAAUCGUUGGUAUCCAAUUUAUUGUAGAGGCUGGGCGAUUGUGUAUUCACCAGAUGUUAUUUAUAAACUCUAUACGGAAGCACAAGUGUCUCCAUAUUUUUGGAUUGACGAUGUUCACAUAACUGGUACAAUAGCUGAUAAACAAAAUAUAACUCAAACAGAUUUAGGAGAUUUAGCAGUGGAUGAAUCCGAUGUGCUGAACGAUAAAAAUAUUAGUCGCAAGUUUUUAUUUUGUUUACUAACUGAAGCAGAUCAGUCAAUGAGAAAAUUUUGGAAUACUCUAUUACAACCAGAUGAUGCAGUUGUUUCAUCUUCAACCAAUCUUGGCUUGACGUAAAUGUUGGUAAUAAGUAAUGACUAAACAAAUAUGAGUAAUACAUAAUAAUUUUUUAGAAGAUUGAACAAUGAAUUGUGAUAAAGUAGCCUGUAAACAAGUUAUUUGUUAUUAUUUUAUUUUUAUUUUAGGAAGUUAUAUAUGUAGGUAUUUUUAAAUAAGGCUGAUAUUAAAAUUGAGAGUUAUAAAACAAUGUGUAUGUAUAAAUUAUAAUAUUAUUUUAUUUUAGAUACUUAGGUACCUAAUUAUAUAGUGUGAACUGUAAAGCGCUACAAACUAUCUUUAAGGGGUGUUUAAUAUAAAAAGUUUCAAGUGAUAUAUUUAUAGACAUGACGUAUACUAAUUACAAUAUACUUAGUAUAAUUUUCAUUUAUAAUGA